CUCAUUGAUUGCGAGGAUGACAGGGCCAGUGGACGGGAUGACGCGGAUGGUGAUACCAUCCCGGAAACGCCCAGCCAUCGCUCACUGAGCUCUGUGUGCCAUGACAGCCAGACACAUUUGACUUUAGGACAUUCCGGGUCAGCCGCACCAACCGCUUUGGCGGGAGGGUCUCCAUCCUAUGGCGAGAUGGCGGUGCAGCGAUCAACCCACGGUGAAUGCGCCUCAGCCGUUUCCUCGUUGGUGGAGGACACGGAGAGCGCCGUACAGAACAUACGCCUAGGUAUUUUGAACCGUGCUCUACGAUUGACAAAGAACUUACAAGGUCUAGGGCAUGCAGGCGAGAGUAGAGGACAAGCGGCGUCUGACGGAGAGCAUAUCCAUGGUCGCUCUGACUGUAAUGACAGCAUGGCAUUCCCAUCAGCUGAACAAAACAGUAACUGGGCUGCAAAGACCGAUACCCUGUUCGAUUGCCCUCGCUCAAUGCCCGUGCAGCCACCAGGCAGUCAAGCCGAUUCUGUGACAAGCGUCCUUGGACACCGGUCAACUCAAGAGGGUGGCUUGGAAUUCCUUUGCCUCAAACUGGAGUGGCAUUCCUACUCCGAGUUGAGACGGCGUGCCCCGCAGCUGCUCACUCACUAUGUCCAUCAUGCCAGCUUCCAACAUAGUCCCAGAGGACGUAAACGACGGGCCGUUUCGGAAGUGCCCCUAAUGUCAAAACAUCCAAGGAGAGCUAGGGGGCAAUAGGUCAGGUCACGUUGUGUCUCUUCACAUUUCUGUAUGGCCAGCUUGAUUUACCCAACUUGAUUUUCUUAUAAAUUUAAAUCCAAGCUUUGUGAAAUGGCAAGUUCCUCGAUACAUGCGUUAUUGGCCAAUACGAAGUCGCUUC